UUCCAAGAUCAAUAUCCGGAGGCAAACAUCCAAGUCACCGCGGCCAGGCGCAUUGCCUUGGGGCAAACAGACAAAUAGAUCACCUCGAGCUUCAUGUAUCGAUUAUCACCUUCGCCAUGAGCCAGAUCCUGACGUCGCGGCAGGCCGAGGAGCUACACAAGUCCAUCAUAGCAUACCUCUCUUCGCAGAACCUUACGAGCAGUGCCGCGGCGUUACGAGAGGAACUCAGCAUUGGCGACAGCUUCGAUGCCGCCACUAGUAAGAGAUAUGAGGGGCUGCUGGAGAAAAAAUGGACAAGUGUUGUGCGCCUACAGAAGAAGAUAAUGGAUUUGGAGUCACGAAAUACAACUUUACAGGCAGAAAUCGAUUCUGCAACACCCACAUCCCUCUCACGGCGAAAUCAAGACCCCACAGCCUGGCUCCCAAGAUCGCCUGCUAGGCAUACACUUGAAUCGCAUAGAGAGGCUAUCACAUGUGUUGCGUUCCACCCGAUAUUCUCAUCACUGGCAUCGGGAUCUGAAGACUAUACAAUUAAAAUCUGGGACUGGGAACUGGGAGAGCUAGAACGAACUGUGAAAGGCCACACAAAAGCGGUGCUGGAUGUUGACUUCGGCGGCCCUCGCGGUGGUACUCUGCUGGCAUCCUGCUCAAGUGAUCUGACGAUCAAAUUGUGGGAUCCGAGUGAUGAGUACAAGAAUAUUCGAACGCUCCCAGGACAUGACCAUUCCGUUUCUGCUGUUCGCUUUAUUCCCAGUGGGGCUGCUGGGUCCCCAUCCUCUGGCAACCUCCUCGUUUCAGCAAGUCGAGACAAGUCACUACGUAUCUGGGAUGUGUCAACAGGAUACUGUGUCAAAACUAUUCGAGGACAUGCAGAUUGGGUGCGGGAUGUCUCUCCCUCCUUCGAUGGACGAUUUUUACUUUCUGCUGGUGUGGAUCAAACGGCGAGGAUAUGGGAUGCCUCUUCUGGAGAACCAAAAGCGACAUUGCUAGGCCACGAGCAUGUUAUCGAAUGUUGUGUUUUUGCACCACCAGCUAGCUAUGAGCACCUCACAUCUAUGGCGGGACUGAAAAAGCCUCCGCCGCCAAGCAGUUCCGCCGAAUUUAUUGCAACGGGAUCGAGAGACAAGAGCAUAAAGCUUUGGGAUGCUCGAGGGACUCUUAUCAAAACACUUGUAGGGCAUGAUAACUGGGUGAGGGGUCUUGUCUUCCAUCCUGGAGGCAAAUAUCUUCUCAGUGUGGCGGACGACAAAACACUCAGAUGCUGGGAUUUGUCACAAGAAGGCAAGUUGGUCAAAACAAUAGAUGAUGCGCACGGGCAUUUCGUCAGCUGUAUCCGGUGGGCACCAGGGGUGGUAAGAGAUACGCCUCCUGUCAACGGUGUCAAUGGGACUCCAAACGGAACUAGCAGAAGGGAUGAUCCCACUGGAAAUGUCAGCAUAAGAUGCGUGAUAGCAACAGGGAGUGUAGAUAAAGUGGUUCGAGUCUUUGCAUCAUGAUCAUGAGAGACGGCUGGCUUUUUGUUGAUGAGGAGUUGAGGAGUUGGGCUCGCAUUGGCUCAUAUGGAUGCUACGGAUUGGCUACGAAUAUAUCACGAACGUUAUGCUUAGCAUAUGUACAGGACUCGUCCAUCAAAAUUCGAAUGAUGAUAAACACGCCGAUAGCGUUCAGUGUGCAAGAUCUGAACGGGCAACUCUAUUGCUC